GCUCGAUCUCGUCUCCUGUCUUCAUCGCCCACCUCCUCUCCAUCUACCAUCGCCACCAUGUCCUUCCGAACGGCUCUCCGUAAGCCCUGUUUGGCUGCCUUGCGCCCUACUGGCGGCAUCAGCGCCUCUGCCGGUCCUUCCUCUCUCCUCGCCUCUCGUCGUUCCCUAGCCACAGAGGCAGACCCCAAUCGCUGGAACACCGAUGCAACUGGCGGUGGUAAUCGUCCAGACAUCAAGGCCGUUCCUAUCUCCCCAGCCACCAAGGCUCACACAGUUGAGGAACUUCACGAAAAGACUGCUCAUGAGAUUCUUCAGGAGAGUGGCUCUCGAAAGGAAGCCUCCCUGCGUCACUUCACAGUCAACUUUGGUCCUCAACAUCCCGCUGCUCAUGGAGUAUUGCGUCUUAUCCUAGAGCUCAAUGGUGAAGAGGUACUCCGUGCCGAUCCUCAUGUAGGUCUGCUACACCGUGGAACGGAAAAGCUCAUCGAGUACAAGAACUAUACACAGGCACUUCCUUACUUUGAUCGAUUGGACUAUGUAUCGAUGAUGACCAAUGAGCUUUGCUACUCGCGAGCUGUGGAGAAGUUGUUGAACAUUGAGGUGCCCGAGAGGGCAAAGUGGAUUCGUACCAUGUUUGGAGAGAUUACUAGGAUCUUGAACCACUGUAUGGCCGUCCUGUCCCACGUGAUGGACGUUGGAGGUUUGACACCCUUCCUGUGGGCCUUUGAGGAGCGUGAGAAGCUCAUGGAGUUCUACGAGCGUGUAUCAGGUGCCCGUCUUCACGCAGCCUACGUCCGUCCAGGUGGUGUGGCCUUUGAUCUCCCCCACGGACUGCUGGACGAUAUUCACAAGUGGGCUACUCAAUUCGCCUCUCGAGUGGAUGAAAUCGAGGAAGUCGUCACUGGAAACCGUAUCUGGAAGGGAAGGACCAUUGGCAUUGGAAAGGUGACGGCAGAGGAGGCUUUGAACUAUGGAUUCAGUGGAGUCAUGCUGAGGGGUAGUGGUGUGCCUUGGGAUAUCCGAAAGGUCGCUCCUUACGAUGCCUACGACCAAGUCGAGUUCGACGUGCCCGUUGGUAAGAAUGGAGACUGCUACGACCGCUACCUCUGCCGAGUAGAGGAAUUCCGUCAAUCACUCCGCAUCAUCGAGCAGUGUCUCAACAAGAUGCCUGCUGGUCAAAUCAAGGUCGAUGACCACAAGAUUGUCCCACCUCCCCGCGCCAACAUGAAGGAGUCGAUGGAGUCCCUCAUUCACCACUUUAAGCUCUUCUCCGAGGGAUACCACGUUCCACCUGGAGAGACGUACUCGGCUAUUGAAGCACCAAAGGGUGAAAUGGGAGUCUACCUCGUUUCAGAUGGAAGCAAUAGACCGUACAGGUGUAAGAUUCGCGCACCUGGAUUUGCUCAUCUAGCCGGAGCUGACUUUAUGAUGAGGGGAGCAUUCCUGCCCGACGUUGUGGCUGUGAUUGGUACUAUGGACCUUGUGUUCGGAGAGGUGGACAGAUAAAUGCUCAGAUACACACGCGGUAGAAAUCGGCUCACUGGAGCUGCUUUUACCACUCUGUACAUCCUCCGUCUUCCAAUCUAAGCGCAUUCUGAAAAUACUUCAUUGUGAUAUGCGACGGGACGGGGCUUUGCAAAUGUAAAGGUG